UCGAGUCGCUCACAACAACAACACUCACCACCACCACCAUUAACUAUCAUUCGCAAUGACAAGCAGCGACAGCAUAAUCCUCCACCGCUAGCAACGCAUAACCUGCUGCUUGACCAAACGAACGGGGCUUGUUCGGGUCAAAACCGUAACCGAUAUUGAGAUGUGGAGCCAGGCGUGGAUGGGCUGCCGGUGACAUAUGGUGUUGGCGGUGGUCGUGCCGCACGCUCUCUCUCUCUCUCUGUGACUCGCUCGCUGGCUCUCCUCUGUCGCGUCGCUCGUCUGUCGCGGGACGCUGUCGUCUCCCCACCUACCAACCUCCCCACCUCCCCUCGCCGCCGCGUCUCCCUCCCCCCCACCACCUCGCUCCCACGCGAGGGGGCUCUGCUGGCCGGGUGGAGAGUGGUGGGUCCGCGCACUUUGACGCGGGUGGAUGAGAAGACUCAGCCCUCUAUUCAAAUCGGAUACAAUGCCCUCCAGAUUUGAAAUCGAUCCUCUUCUUUCGUGAAAAACAAUCAAGGUGCCCCCCGCCCCCGCCAUCUAUUUUAAAACAAACAAGCAAACAUCUCGCGUGAUUGCCCACCGCUCCACCAAGACCGAGUGCAUCAUCCCGGGGGAGAUGACGCGUCAACGGCACCCACGUCAAUGGGCACCCACAGCCACGACGACGAUGACGACUUAGAAGAUUUUAAAAAAGAAAAUUAGGAUUUGGAUUCGUGCGCUCCGCGAUCGCUAAGCCAGGGAUUGUCCACUGCAAUAUCAUUCCGCGAUCCAGACAAUAAAAUGGCUCCAUUUGCCGUACAAAGCGCGCGGCUAAAUUGCCGGAUUUAAUAUAUUGCGCCGUGCUCCGUAUAAAUUGCGCUCCUCUCUCUAUUCUCUCUCGUCUCCUCUCUCUCUCUCGCUCUCACCGUAUCGACGACCCCAACACUCCCCCAGCAGCCGUCUAGGUCACGGGUUAACGUCGUCGUCGUCGUGAUGAUUGGCGCGGGUUAACGAGGGAACCUCCCGAGACAUUUUGCGACGAACAAUUGGCGUGGACGCGCGAACGAUCUUAGGACGGGCACUGGUUUGUUUUUAAAAAUAAUUUUUUUUUUUGAUUCAAAGUGUGUGGGGUGCCUGAGCUCAAUUCAUCGGUCGCGUCUCGCCUCCGUUGUUUGAUGUUAAAAUGUAAAUGUUGGGGCUUAAGUCAACGAAUACACACGCGCGCGGCGGUUAAGCGUUCGAGACGAUGCAAAAUGUAUCAUCAGUCGCGAUAGUAAUCUAGAAGCCUAUACAAGCGGCAUUUUAAGUUUCGACGAUUUUGUCUACAGCAAUUGACAUAAAUUCAUCAAAAAUGUCCAACUCAUGGCGGUCGAUUUUUUUCAAGAAACAUUAUAAAUAAAAUGUUUUGUUGCUAAAACAAUUUAGAAUGAGUGACCAGCAUAGGACGAUUUAUUUAAAUGCGUAACUUAUGCGAGAACUCACCGAAUACGUUACAAUUGCAUCGAACACGAGUCGGCUGUUUUGUAUCGGUGAGCUAAUAAGGGAAAGGACCCCCCCCCCCCCCCACAUUCCACCCUCUCUCUCUACCGACUUUGAUCAGAUAUUCUAAUAUAUCGGGAAACACACAUUUCCCGAGCGAGAACGUCUCCUUUGAACGGACCGAGCGCGGUGUAAGCGGCUCCAUGGAGGGGUCAAGUUUCGGCAUCGAUCGAAUUCUGACUGGAAAAUCGGAGCCGUCUCCCCGCGAGGACACCGGGCACCCCCCCUGCCCGCCCAGCCCGCCCAGCCCGGGCAGCACGGCCUCUAGCCCGACGUCCGAGCAGGCGAGCCCGAGGCUGUGCUGCGUCGAGCAGGCCUCAAUGGCGGAGAACGCCGCGGCGCUCCGCGGGGUUCAGUGCGGCCUCGCGCAGAAGACGGCGCAGGUCGGAGCCGCCGCUCCCUUCAGCUCGGGCGCUCGCCUCGCCUCGCUGCCGUCGCCUCCCGCGUCCUUGCUCCUCUCGCCCUCCUCCAUGCUCUCUACCGCCACCGCGGCGGCGGCGGCGAACGGGGACUCGAACUGCGACGCGCACGGGACGCGGCUCCUCCUCAAGGCGGCGGCGCCGCCCCCCGCGCACCCGCCCCCGGGGCCCGGAGACGGCAUGAUUGUGACGUCAUCGCCAUCGUCGGCCAUCAUCGCCAUGGGUUCCUCGUCGACGACCUCGACGACAUCGUCGUCGUUAUCGUCGACGCUGCCGUCAACCAACGCAUUCAACUCCUCCUCCUCGUCCUCCUCCUCGUCUUCGUUCCUGAUCCGGGACAUCUUGGGCGAGGCGAAGCCGCUCGCCACGUGUCCGCCCUACGCGACGCACGGGGCCGCCGGGGGUGCGGGCGGCCACGCGCGAGGGGACGCGGGGCCCGCGGGGGCCCUGGCGAGGAACGCGGGGUGCAAGGGGGGCGUCGACACGUGCAGAGGCUCCUCCAAGCUUCUCGAUCACCCGCUCGACCGCGACGUCUCCUCGUCCUCGCUGGCCGCCGUGUCUGGCGUGGCGCGGCUCACCCACCCGGCCGGGGCAGCUGCUGCAGCUGCGGCUGCUGCUGCUGCCGAGCGCGAGCGCGAGAUCUCGAGCACCAGCGGCGCAAGCAGCUCUCGCGAGAGCCCCCGCGAGUCGCGCGCCAAGAAGCCCCGCAAGGCGCGCACGGCGUUCAGCGACCACCAGCUGACGCAGCUGGAGCGCUCCUUCGAGCGCCAGAAGUACCUGAGCGUGCAGGACCGCAUGGAGCUCGCCAGCUCGCUGAGCCUCAGCGACACGCAGGUGAAGACCUGGUACCAGAAUCGCAGGACCAAGUGGAAACGUCAGACGGCCGUGGGCUUGGAGUUCCUGGCCGAGGCCGGGACGUACGGCGCCCUUCAGCGCCUCUUCCCCAACAACCCCGGCGCCGCCACGAACCUCUCGGCGGCCGCGGCCGCGGCGGCCGCCAUCGCGGGCGGCCACGCCUUCCAGCUCUACCCACCGCACCUCUCCGCCAUGGACCCAGCCGCGGCCGCCGCGGCCAUGUACCUGUACCGGGCCGGGCCAUCGCACGCCCAGCAGCAGCACGUGUCGCACGCGCACGCCCAGGCGCAGCACUCGGCGCAUGUGCACCUGGGACACCGGCCCAUGUUCGGCUCGCCCCGUGUCCUCAUCCAUGGCGCGGGCCUGGGCCACCUGCCGGGCACCCUCACUAGCGGGACGGUACAGGCCCGCUCAGUGCCACUCACGGCGUCUCAAUUUGAGGAGGGAGACGUCUUCCAUCUGAAGACGUCCCCAGUCGUCCAACCCGAGGCCCAGCAAUGCGUCCUGCGGAACUUGUGUGGAGGGAGCCCCGUGGUCCCCGACCCCAUCCCCUAA